CGUAAAGGGACAGCCCCUUUCCAUUCGCUUUGAGUUGACAAGAAACCUUGCAUGCUGGGUAGGGACACCACUUCAGAGAGGCUGGGGAGGACCGCCAGAACGUCAGUGGGGCUAUUUUAGCCGUCUUUGCAAAGGGCCGUCUCUAGGGAUUAGAGGACCUGCUCUUCUCCAAUUUUCUGCCGUCGGUAUCAGGAAUGCCGCUGGCAUCGGGAGCAUGGACAUCACUGGCUAAUACAGGUAUGAGUGCAUGAGGGCUGCCGGUGAUGGUGGUGCUAGUGCUGGUGUGAGCAGGAGCAGUUCCAGGAGCAGCAGCAGGGGGGUACCAUGGAGCCUGACGUGCUGCGUCUCUACUCCUCCUCUCCGCCCCCCCUGGACGACGGGGGCGCUGAGGACGAGGAUGACGAGUUUGGGGAGUUCGGAGAGUUUGGGGGCUUCGGCCACGGACCAGGAGCCAUGGCGGCCAGCUUCAGCUUCUCCGACAUGGACACCACGCCCCCAGCCGUGGCCUCCCACCAAUCGCACGCCUGCGACACCGCCCCGCCGGAGCUCCCCAUUGGCCCGGCGUCGGCAGCUCCAGGCUCCCAGAAGAGCUCGCUGGUUGGCCGGGCCCCAGGUAGUAGCACUAGCGCUAGUGACCCUUCCCAGCAGAUAGAUGACCUGGCCCAGGCUGAACACGAGGGAGGCCCCACAAUAUCCACAAAAUCUGAGGCCUGUGGAAGUACCGGUACAACAGUGACUCUAAGUAGCGCCCACAAUAACGGGGGUGUCGGCGUCCUGGCAUCCCUCGUGAACGGCUUUCCUGAGACACCGUCACACGCCCAGGACGCCUCGGUGGACUCCCUAUCGCCCCCCACCACCUCUGCCUUGAGCUCACCCUCCAGCUCCAGCUACAACUCUCCCUGUGUGCAGCGCCGGUCCGAAGAAGACGCAGAGACGGAGACAGAGACCGAGUACUAUGACGCAACAAGCCAGCACAACAACAUCAACAGCAGUAGCAACAUCAACGUCACCUCAGGGCCUCCAGGGUUCAAUGGCUUAUCCAACGGCAGCACCGUCCUCCACUCGCACACUAAGGAGACGAGAAGAGAUGGAGAUAGACACGGAGAUGGAGAUGGAGAUGAGGUCUCGUCUGCAGAGGAACAAGAGGUGCUGUCUCUGGACGAGGACUCAGAGACCAGAGACCAGGAGACGCCCGUACAACACCCACAAAGCCUCUCAGACUCAACGCUCCACACAGAGGCCUCAGUGACGACUCAAGGGGGCAUUGAGAGACCGGUCACCCUGUUUAAUAGUAGUAGCACCAGUCAGGAAGGGACGGUUUCUGAUCACCAUCAGGGCUCCCGAUGCGAUGAGGACAUCCGUCCAGCUGAGAACGAGGAUGACGAGGUGGUGGAGAAGGAGGAGGAGGAGGAGGAAGAUCAUGCGGAUCUGCCGACGCCCUCGGGUCCAACGCAGACCUCCGAGAGUGACGACUUUGCCUCCUUCUGUGACGUGGUGUCCCCGAGCGACGACUUUGGAGACUUUGGGCACUUUGGUAGCACAGAAGCUCCUCCUUUCUCCUGCUCCUCUGCUGUCACUGCCACCUCUGAGGGACCCAGCAUUGUGCCUCCUGACGAUCACGGUGAUGGUGAUGAUGAAGAUGAAGAUGAUGAUUUCGGCGGUUUCGGGGAGGCGGAAGCGCUCUCCGCUCAGGGCUUUGCCGACUUCAGUCAGACUAAAUGCUGCACACGUGAGGAGAAAGAGGAGGAGGAGCAGGAGGAGGCGGACGGAGGAGGCUGUACCCGCUUCCCUGUCCAGUUCCCCCCUUCCUCCUCCUCCUCCUCCUCCACUGCUCCCUGUAACGCUGCAUCAGAGUCCUCCGCUGGGGACCAGAGCCUCCCUGGUGGAGGUGCAUCCUCGCUGGAGAGUGGGGAGGUGGAAGCUGAAGGGGAGGGGGUUGGAGGCUCCUGUCCCGAGAUGGAGGUGGUGGAGGAGCAGGAGCAACAGUUAAGCCAGCUCCCCGUCAGUGACAGCUUUGCAGACUUCCAGUCCGUGCCUGUAGGGGGAGAGGUGGAUGACGGGGAGGACUGGGCUGCCUUUGGGGAGCCGGAAGGGGUAGCUGGGGAGGUGUUGGGAGGGCAGGCGAGCGGAGGAGGCGGAGGGGCGGAGAACUGGGCAGCGUUUGGGGAUGAACAGCAGACCCAAGUGGGGAAGGAGGAGGAUGAGGAGGGGGAGGAUGCCCAGUGGCAGGAUGUAGCGACAGCCACACCACCCAUCUAUGCCAGCCCACACACCAGCAGGAGGGAGAGCCUGACGGUCCCUCUGAGCUGCAGGCUCCAGAGGCUGUUCCAGGCCAGCUUCGCCCCAGUGGAGGCUCCUCAGGUGGGGCAGCAGGCUGAGGAGGAGAUCCCAUCUCUCCAAGUCCUCCUGGAGACCCAGCAACAGCAGCAGCAGCCUGCAGAACCAGGGGCACCCCCAGACCCAAACCCAGCAGACCAGCAGAACCACCAGCCCCCUACUGCUGCUGCUCACAGGGAACCUGGGGACAUGUGGCGGCACCUGCAGGACAUCCACGGCGCCCUCGGCCUCAAGUUCCUAUGGGGCGGUUCCCAUAGCAACAGACAGCUGCUCCGCUGCCUGGCCGUGGAUACCAGAAACAUUGUGUUUGCAGGCCAGAAAAAGCAGCCAGUUAUUGUGCCUGCCUUCGCUACUGGCCUGGGAAUGCUAGAGCCCACCAAAGAUGCAGUCAAUCCCACCUCAGCUGCUGUACCAGUGGCUGCUUCAGCACAAGUACCUCCUGGCUCCCCGUCCAGACCCUCAAAGGAGGCGGUGUCGAGCGCGCAGCCUGACUGGAGUAGCAGUGGCCUUAAACCCCCAGCGGAUGGUGUGGAUCCAGAGCUGUAUGAACUGACCACAGGCCCUCUGGAGCCCAGCAGUACUGGCAAGAACAUCGCAGACGCCUUCACACGCCUCAUGUCCACCAUGGAGCAGAACAGCACCUCCACGAGGAGGCCUGCUAAGGAGGAGAGUGUGAGUGAGGAGGCGACUCGUGUCCUGAGUGUCCUUCCUGACCUGUCCUUCAUGAGGGCCAAAGUCCUGAUGUUCCCCAGCAUCCUCACUCCUCUGCAGCCUCCAGAUGCAGCCUCAUGAGGACCUCCUUAUCCUACCUACCAGCCUCCUCUCCUCUCCUCUCCUCCCUACCCAGCCUCCUCUCCUCUCCUCACCUCCCUACCCAGCCACCUCUCCUCCCUACCCAGCCUCCUCUCCUCCCUACCCAGCCUCCUCUCCUCUCCUCUCCUCCCUACCCAGCCUCCUCUCCUCUCCUCACCUCCCUACCCAGCAUCCUCUCCUCCCUACCCAGCCACCUCACCUCCCUACCCAGCCUCCUCUCCUCACCUCCCUCACCUCCCUACCCAGCCUCCUCUCCUCUCCUCACCUCCCUCCCCAGCCUCCUCUCCUCUCCUGACGCCCUACUCAGCCUCCCCUUCUCACAACGUGACCUUUUGAGGCCACAUGAUGCUGGAGUUAUGUCGCUCCGUCUGUCCAUGUUCUCUUUGUUUUUGGAGCCUUGUAUCUUUUUUUCUACUUUCUUUAUACUUGGUUUUUAGUAUUUUACUCCGUUGUUCCCCGUCUACCAUUGUGAUUUCUGUCUGUAUAUGAAGUGUAUAUUUAUUAAUAUUUUUCUUAGUAGGUGUUGAUGUUAAAGGACAACUAGUACGAAGCAAUAUUUAAAAUGAAAAAAAAAAAAUUCUGUCACAGUUUGUGAACAAAGCAUCUCAGUCUUUGCUCCCAUAAUAGGGAUGCUGACAUGGAUGAUCUUACUCUGCUACAUACCUCAUGGUAUACAUUAUCAAUCCAGUUUAUCCAUCCUACCCAAUUUUCAGUACAUAGAAAGGCCUGUCAUCUUUCAAACCUGUUUGCUAAGAAGAAUCUGCCUUUACCCAAAGCAUUGAUGCGUCUGUACGGUAUAUGUGUCUGUUAAUGUGUGCCUUGACUUGAGUUCUGUCUCUUGGAAGGAGCUGCCGGCGAGUCCAUCCAUACAUGUAUUAAAAGGGAAAGCGGACGAACUUU